AUGCCCAUUAUUUGCCUAGAUAGUGGUUGGUUUUUUUGAGAACGUAAAAGCUCAUGUGUCCGAUAACUCUGGAAUCAAGGGAAACCCUAAAACUUCCUUUUAUUCUUCUCCUGUGAAUUUUAAAUCACUAAAGUUUUGCCCUCAUGUCUUCCAAAUCUAGAUCUUCCGCCGCCGUGAAGGGCGAGAUGUAAAAGAAAGAAGAAGAUGUCGUCUCCGUCUCCGGUGACAGAAGAGGAGACCUCGAUCCUGUCACUUCCUAAUGACUUUCUGUUCAAAUGCUUCGCACGGGUCUCUAGAUUGUACUAUCCAACUCUCUCCCUCGUUCGCAAAACUUUCCAAUCCAUUGUUGCUUCAUCGGAACUUUACGAAACCCGAUUACGUUUAAACCGUACCGGGAAAUGUCUCUAUCUUGGCAUGACCUUCUCUUUCGACCUUAACACACAUUGGUUCACUCUCUACCGGAAACCUAAUAAAAACAUAGCCGACAAGUCAAGUGGCUAUCAUCUUGACCAAGUUCCGUCUCCCAAUUGUUUGCUUCUUGGGGGAUCGUCGAGUGUCAUAGCUAGGGAUGUCAAACGGGCAUGCCCGCGCCCAAACGGACUGUCCAUCACGGCCCAAUUGACACCCCUACUCAUAGCCGAUGGUUCUAUUAUCUACAAAAUCGGCGGUGCUAAAUCUUAUAGAUUCAAAUUCGGAAAGAGGCGCCAUUCUUCUUCUGUCUCUGUCUUGGAUUGUCGGACUCACAUAUGGAGUUCGGCUCCAAGAAUGCAAUUGGCCAGGAGCUCUUCCUCCACUGUGAGCUUAGUUGAUGGUAAGAUAUAUGUAGCUGAUAGAUUGAAGAUAUCGUCUCUCUCAAAUUCUCACGCAGGAGAAAACCCACGUGACGUCUUCCUUUGCACGUACACUCGGUGUAGCUUAUCAGUAGCAGGAGGCUUCGAAGACUCCAAUUUCUCGAACUGGAUUGAAGUGUAUGAUCCAAUGACCAAAAGUUGGGGAUCCGUGAAGAACCAUUGUUUCAUGGACAUAUUCGAUGAAUAUCAAAUUAUAAUUGUAGUCAAAACUCAAAAGCUUAGGCACAUGUGUCGUGCAAUAGACUCUAGGUCUUGCAUAACCUCUAGUUUUUGUGUGGUAGACAACGUCUUGUUCAUUUGGGAUAAGGAAGUGUUCCAAUGGUAUGACUUAAGGCAGAUUAAUACGAUUUGGUGUGCUAAGAUAUCGGUUUUAUGGGAAGAGUGUCUGCCUUGUCAGCAGCAGAUUAAUACGAUUUGGUGUGCUAAGAUUAGUUUUGAAAAGCGUGAUGGAGAUGAGAUUUGGGGGAAGGUUGAGUGGUUUGAUGAUGUGCUUAGUGUUCACUCUUCUGGUUCCUUGCUCUAGGCCGCUGCUGUUUCUGCUGUUGUUUGAUGAAUUGACUACUCAUGAGAUUACGCUUUGAACGCCUUUACGCGGUUGGUUUCACUUUGUUUUAUUUGCGUUUU